GGUCCAAACAAAGCCCGCGGGUAUUGUUGUCUCGUGCGCUCCGAAGGUCGCCUAGACUACCCGGCCCGGCCCCACCCACAGCGUCUGGCAAUCUAGACCAGUCUGGUACCAGGCAGAAAAUGGAAGAGCCUCCAGAAGAGGCUCCGGCGGAAUCAUCGGAAAACCAAAGUACAGCCAAGUCCCCAAAUGACAGCCACACAGACAGCCAGGAAGACAACAGGCAGAACCAGGAUGAAGUGGAAGCAGAUGACCAGACCGAUCACAGAGCAGCUGCCCAGGCUGCCCAGAUGGUGUCUGGCCUGGCUGAACCCAGCGUAGUUAAUCAAGCUGACCACAAAGCAUAUGAAUCCGUGGGAGAAAGAACAUCUGAUCAGGCUGACCUCAGAGCAUCCAACCAUGCUAAUGUUGCCGAUCGUAGAGCAUCUGAUCAGGUUAACCGAAGCAUGUCAGAACAGAGGGACAGCAAGGCAUCUAGCCAAGCUGGUGGUGUGGAGUCUGAACAGACUGACAGCCAGAUGUCUGCUCUGCCUGAACAAGGUACUUCUGAACAGACUGAACGAAGGGCUUCUGAGCAGAUUGAUCACAGAAUGUCCAGCCUAGCUGAGAGAAGAGCUUCUGAAGAGAUUGACCGUAAACCAUCUGUCCCAUCUUUACAAAGAGCCUCUGAGCAGAGUGAUCACAGAAUGUCCCGCCCGGCUGAGCAAAGAACUUCUCAACAGAUUGAAAGUAGAUUGUCCGGCCUGGUUGAGCAAAAACCUUCUGAACAGAUUGAUCAUAGAUUGUCUGACCAAGUUGACCACAGAACAUCUGUAAAGACGCACCGCGAAGUGUAUGACCAAGCUGCUAAACCAGCUGAACACCAGGCUGCUGACCCUGACAAGGCUGGCAGUGAAUCUGCCCAGGCUGACGACUUAGUGGAAGAAGAGGAUGAUUACACAGAAGACAACCUGUUUGACUAUGGAGAAUGUAGCCGGUCUGAUGAUAGAUUAUUCCACCAACUUGGCUACAGCAAGGAAGACAAAGAGGCUGACUUCAGAGUGCAACCCUGCAAAUUUGAGCCUGGCCAGACAGAUGGCAGCAUAUCCAAGGCUUCCCUUGAAACUAAAACGGAAAGUGUAGCUGAUCUGCAAGCAUUCAUCCCAUUUGAUCACAGAUUGGCCAGUACUUUCCAAACAAAAGACCGAGCCUACUCCCAAAGAUUUCCCUCCAUCUUAUCCAAAUUGGACUAUAUCAUCAGUCAAGAAAAAACUCAACCUGUGGAAACCCAGCCUGUUGAUAUUUCAGAAUACCAGGAAAGAAGGAGUUUUCAGGCAUACAAUCAACCUUAUAAGAAGCGGUUCCCUCCUAUAGUAUAUGAAGAUCCUUAUCAAGUUUCACUGCGAUACAUGGAGAAACACCACAUUCUGCAAAUAUUCCAGCAGAUCACUGAAAACCUAGUCUAUGAAAAGCCAGAGGACCCCCUGAGUUUUAUGCUGUGCCAGGUACAGGAAAUGAUACAAAACAGAAAGAAACGUGAAACCUACGAAGAAUGAAUCUCUCCUCAACAUUGUUUACCACCAUCAGUGUCAACACUAUGUUCUGUUUCCCACUCUGAAAAAUCAUUUUUGAAUGGUCAUUUGUAGUGACUCUGCCUAAAUGUGUUCUUAUUUUUUAAGUAAAAAUCUACUGAGUAGCUUCGUAAAAUUCACAUAACAAUUACAGAUACCUCUGGCUCAUCAUACCAAAACAUAGGCACAUAUACUUAUCCAUGCAUUGAUAUUUCAGUACUCAUUCCUCCAAAGCACUGAACAGAAACAUGUUCACAAAUCCCAGAGAGGAUCAAGAAAAGAAUAUUAGAAAUUUAUACGCAGUUCCCAAAAGCAUACAAACCCAUCAUGUCUUGAAACUGUUUAUAAAAUUUUCAAUCGGAAAAUGUGCGGAAAAUAAUUCGUAACAGCACUUUUCUCUCUUAAUGGAAGGUAACUGUUGUAAGAUCUCUUUUCUUGUUUCUUAAUACCUCCAACAAAUUUUUACUAUUUUCCUCUUUGACCC